AUGACCUCAAAACCAACACCAGCCGAGUCGCCCGGGGCAUCCCACCCCUCAGAGCAAUCUCGAACCAACGAAUCCGCCGAGCCCACAGAAUCCCACCCACACAGAACCUCUCAUAAAGAGCAUAGCCACUCAAGUCGCAGCCGCGCAUUCCGGUUCAAAGAUGGCAGUCGCCCCCAUCGCAAGCGUACUCACCGCCACCGAUCACGCACGCGCGACAGUGAACCUUCCAAGCGGCGACAUCGCGAAGAGCAGGAACCGGACCCCGCACAUGACAACUAUUUCAGCUCCACUAGAGACACCUUUCGAGAAUCUCUCUUCGAUGCCCUCGGCGACGACGAAGGAGCUGCGUACUGGGAAUCCGUCUACGGGCAGCCCAUCCACAAUUACCGUGUACCAGAGGUUCACCGGGGUCCGGAAGGCGAACUUGAGCAGAUGACAGAGGAGGAAUACGUGGAUUAUGUGCGUCAAAGGAUGUGGGAACGGACGCGGGAGGGCAUGCUAGCCGAGCAGGAGCGUCUACGGGCUGAGCGACAGCAGAAAAGGAAGGAGGAGGCGCAGAGAAAUGCGCAGUAUGGGAGGGAGGAAUUUGAACGCGCUAUGGAUGACAGUCUGCGACGAGGGGCGGAGCGCAAAAGAGCCAAAGUUGGGUGGAGUGCGCCCUGGGCUGCGUAUUUGGAGAGUUGGGAGACGAUCGGGAAGGCUGCGGAGGGAUCUGCCCCCAAACCACUGCGCAAUCUGCUAUUCUGGCCUGUUCGCUCUGGGAAGAGGGCUGACAUUCAGCCCCAGGCGGUUGAAGAAUUCAUGCGCCAUGCCCCAGCGCCGGCGGAACUACUCGGUACGCUGAAGGCCGAGCGUAUUCGCUGGCAUCCAGAUAAAAUCCAGCAUCGGUAUGGCGCGUUAGGAAUUGACGAUGUUGUGAUGCGCAGUGUGACAGAAGUCUUUCAGAUUGUGGAUCGGAUGUGGAACGAGGAGAGAGAACGACAGAAGUGA